UAAAUAGUUUACAAAUGGCUUCACCAUAGGCAUAGCCAUAUAAAUCUAGAUCUAGAUGUGAGACUAUAUUCAAUCUAGACCUACUCACUUUAGCUACAAAUUAAAGUCCUGACAAAUUAAAAGUUCUUAAUGUUAUCUUGAGUUGAGGGGUCCCAAACGGAGGAUGCAUAUUCUAUUAUUGGCCUGACCAAGUAAAAAGAAAAACAUUUACUGAAAUGGCAGGAAUUCCACAGUUUAAAAAGAAAAUGAAAUUUCAAACUCGACUUGACAUUACAGAUGAUGAUGCAAAGAUUUUAGGUCGCACUACAACAAUGAGGAGAGAAAAGGCUGUAGUUGUGGAGAAGUUUCAAACAUUAAAGAUGAAAACUCAAAACAGUGCCUGGACACCUCUAGUCAAUAAGCCUUCAAAUGAACAGAUUUUUAAAGAACGUCGGAAUUUAGUGUCCCAUUGGUUUGAUCAUUGGACUGAUUCACAGCGAAAGAGAUUUUUGGAUGUUAUUUUUAGACAAUGCAGUAGAUCACAGUACAGCUUUGUUCAGAGAUGGUUUAGUGAGAAUAUGGCAUUGCAACAUUUGGAUUUCACCACUGUGCUUCCUAGAUUUCUCUCUCUGUAUAUUUUCUCCUUCUUGGAGCCUAAGAGCUUGUGUAGAUGUGCACAAGUCAGUUGGCAUUGGAAAUUUCUUUCUGAACAGGAAGUUAUCUGGAUGCCAAAAUGUAUUGGCCUUGGUUGGUUCCUGCCAUACACUCCUGCUGAUAAUGAAUAUGGUGCAUGGAAGAGACAUUAUGUUGCUUGCAUACAUACGCUGGACUAUCAUAUCACAAGAAGUCGUUCUGCAAGUUUAGAUCGAAGUAUUGAAAGCAGACACAAUAGACCCAAAACUCCUGUCAGCCCUGGGCGACUUUCUAGAAUUGAUAGCCGGAGACUGAUGGAUAUUAGACGUCCUUGGCAAGGUCCAGAUUUUAAACCAAAAGAUUUAAUCAAAUCAAGCCUUGCUAUUGCAACAGACCAGAAUGCUAAUGACCCUGUACGACCCUCCUCUGACUUAGUCUUGCAUGACAAAUUUGGAAUAAGGCGCAGUACUCCAAAUAAUACAUUGGCCUCCAAAUCUCUGGACUUUGAAAUUGGCAUGGAUUCUAACAGUCGUAGAGAAAAACACAGAAUUCUAAUGGCUGGUGAAGAGUAUUCCUUGCCUAGGACCAAUAGGUCUACUUUGACUGACUAUUUGACUACUGCUAACCAUGCAGAAAAGAGGCUACAGGAUCUAGUCAACACUACCUGGCUACCCCCAACAGCAUCAGUUAUGAAAAGUUUUAAAGCCACAUCUUGGAAAUCAAAUUCAAAUAAAAUUGGUGGACAUUUUACUUCAGUGAAUCCAAGAGUUAUCAUCAUAUCAUCUCGUAUACCUGCUGCUGAGCUUCUACUGGAUGCUGUUCUCUUUGGAGUAUUGCCAAUUGUUUAUGAGUAUGAAGGAACUACAGCUCAGUCUAUUGUACAACAGGUUGAGUCAGUCUUAGAAGGAAGAAAUGCACAGAGCAUUGGUCUAUUUUGUCAUUGUGAUGAGCCAAGUGAACUAAAGCUUGCUCAUGGCUGUACAGUCAACUUAGUCACACUGGCAGAUGAAGAGGAUACACAGGCUAAAGAUUUUUUUGAGGCCCUGGCCAAUCAUGUCUUGCCUGUUGACAUGGGUGGCCAGUUUGACUUAUUUGUUCCCUUAGCUUGCUCAGAGGAAGGCAUGGAACUAAUGGUACAGUUGAGUUUAUUGACCAGUAUGCAGUAUUCCUCACCAACUGGACUAGUUGGUACUUACAAUCACAUCAACACAGAAUGGCUGAUUUCUUAUGAAGGCAACAAGCAGCCACCUGGUGUUUACUUUUGCCAAAGUAAAUUGAAUGUGUGGAGCACUGUAGCUGACCAGGCCCUGGAGGCAGUGAGAGAUAUAAGAACCCUCAUGGAUCCAUAUUUUGACAAGCUUCAUCGCAAUAUAUCAGCUCAGUUAACAGGUCAGUUAGUAUUUGAUGUGUUAGGUCAGACUGACAUACAAGGUGUUUCAAACAUCACUGAUGCUCUAAGAGAUGGUCUGAAAGCAUUAGGAGAGUCACCUAGCACUUCUCAUCCACUGAAGUUCCUGGGUCGUUACUUGCUACAGAGAGCAGGCAUAAAUACUGAAAACAUGGGACUCACUACACUACUACAGAAACCUGUUGAAAAUCUGAGCCACUUUUUAAAAGAAUCUGAAGAUUAUGAGGAAAGAAAAGUGUCUGAGAUGGGGGAAGAGAGAGGCAGAGCCAUUGCAGCUAAUGAAUCGGAGGAUAGAGGCCUUACAGAUGAUGAAGGUAGCCUAGCAACAGACAGGAGAGAAACUGUGGAUCACACAGAAGAUGAAAGUAGCCUUGCGACAGACAGGAAGGAAAUCAGAGAGUAUGAUGAGGAGGAUGAGAAUUUGGCAACAGAUAGGAGGGAAGAUGAAGAAAAUUUGAAAGAUUCCUUGCAAGAAAAAGAUAGCAACAAACUUAGCAGAAGUUCACACCAGGAGACUAUUGACUUGAGUGUCAGAUAUGGAACAAUGAGAGCAAGCAAAAGUCAACGACUGACACCUGAACAAUAUGCUAGACAUCCUGAAAAAAGAACACCUGUAGCCUUUGAACUUCUCACCAGUGAAACAGAAUAUAUGAGAACCCUCAAGUCAGUGUAUGAUGUGUAUGUGAAACCUCUGAAAUCAGCCAUUGCUUCUAACAGGGCCAUAAUUAGUGGUCAGAAUGUGCAGAUUAUAUUUACAGACAUAAUGAAUAUCUACAAAAUCAGCAGAGAGUUGGAGGAAGACUUGAGGAAUAAACUGGCCGACUGGGACUAUCAACACACUUGCAUUGGAGAUGUCUUCAUCAGGUUCUGCACCAAGCUGAAAGCUUACACCAAUUUCACAAACAACUAUGAGGUCAUUCUCAGGGCAAUAGAAAGAUGUAAGGAGCAGACGCCAGCUUUCAGAGCCUUUCUUCAAAGACAUGAGAGGGUACCAGAGACACGCAUGUUGAUGCUGCAAGAAAUACUUCUGCUGCCUGUGAAUAGAAUCUCAGAGUAUGUGAAACUGUUGACCUGGUUUGAACUGCACACGCCCAGAACUCAUCCAGACCGCCAAGACCUAGCGAAUGCUAUCAACACGCUCACUGAACUAGACAGAGGAAUACGAGAGUGUAAGGUCAGGAUGGAGAGAGAAAAGCAGUUGGUGUCCCUGACUAGAAAAAUACUGAAUUGCCCUGCUUUACUUGAAGCAAACAGAUACCUGAUAAACCAUAUAGAUGUCGCUCAGCUGAGAGCACCCACAGAGUCUUCUGUACCAGAGUUUAGAUCUUUCCAAGAAAUAGCCAUGUUAGGAUUGUAUCUGUUCAAUGAUGCCUUAUUGAUUACAAGAAGAACAUCCAAACAUUUCCCAUUCAGCCGAGCUGUUGAGUUUAUCUACAAGUAUGAAACCAGUAUGAGUCUAAUACGCAUGAAAGUGGUAGACAUGCCAGAUUCCAAAUAUGUGAAAAAUGGUUUUAGUGUGGAGACACCCAAACAGAAUGUGAUUUGUGCAGCAGACACAGCCGAGCAGAAGUUUAACUGGGUCAGCAUUCUGGACAAAACUAUCAGAGCAGCCAUUGAAAGAAAAUAAUUAUUUUUAAUUAUAAUUACUCUCUUAAUGUACAGUCUGCCAGUAUUUAUUAACAGUGUCAAGGUAAACUUUAUUUUGUCUUGUUCCUGAACAGCAUUAAAUAGUUAUGUUUAGAAAAGUAGGUAGAGAGAGUAGAAAAUGGAGAAUUGAAUUUGUGUAGGUCAGGGUUGCUGUCAGUUAUUUAAUUUUAUACAUGUCUGACAUUCCUUUAGAAAUGAAGAUUAUUGCCCCAUAAACCAAUCUUCUGAAGGACUGGAUUGAGGUUUGAAUUCAUAACCUUUAUGAUCAGACUUAUUUACAGCUAUCAUCAUUGUCUGGUCAUAUUGAUUAUAGAAACACUACUGUGGGGGUGACUAUGUUGUGAUAAGGCUGGUCAGGGCGCACAAAGUACUUGACAUCAUUAAGGACUUAAGAGGAUAAAAGAAACAGAUUUUCAAAGCAAGGAUUCAACUCCUUGGCCAUCUUUUUGUUGACAGAUGUUGAGACUUUGAUACUGACAGAGUAACAUAAUUAGCAGUGUGAUAUAUGUUAUUUUAAAAUGUAUUUAUUCUUUUCCUCCGCAACUUGUGAUAUUUAGUUAUGUAAUACUUCAUUUCUUGGUGCUUAUUUUUGUUAGAAUUAUUUGAUGUACAGUAUGUAGACUAGAUACUUGUAAUUUUCCAUAAAACUAUGUAAUGAAUGUUAUUAUUGCAUACAAAUGAAAUAUUAAAAAAAAAGAAAACUUAUGUAAACAUUUUUUAAGCUCUCCUUUGUCCUAUUUAUAUAAUUAAUAAUAAGAUUUUAAUUUUGGAUUUGUUUUUCAAAUGAAUAAACAAAUAGAUAUCACUGAUAACGGAAUUAAUGUGAUUUGUUUUAAAAUGUGAUACUACAUUUACUAUAAAAUAAAAUGUUGCAUUUUAUUUAUUACAAAAUGUGGAUAUUUCCUUUACUACAAAAUGUGAUAUUUCAUUUAUUAUAAAAUCUGAUAUUUCCUAUAUUAUAAAAUGUGAUAUUUCAUUUUUUUUUACCAAAAAUGUGAUCCAUUGUUUCAAAAUUCUUAUAUAAAAAUUUUCAUUGAUCAGAAAGGUUUUAUUUCUUAUUAGGACCAUUUUGCAUAGAAAUAUAAAUUUUUAAAAAUAUCUGUGAUAACCUUAAUAAACUAACUAUUGGAUUGGAUAAUAUGUGACUAUGUAAAUAAGUGUUUUUAAUUAAUUAUAAAAUACUUGUUAUUUAAAUAAUUAAUAUUGUCAUAUCAAACAUUGCACUUAUCCUUUAUUUGUUAAAUGAAGGACUCUGCGAUAAUAAUAAUAAUUAUUAUUAUUAUUUAUAAUAAUAUGAUUUGCAAUACUCUUUAAUUCUUUUAACUUUUUACAAGGUAAUCAAACAAACCUAUAUUUAAAAGUAUAUAGAUCUGAUUACAUCCGCAGUUUCAAUGAUAUCACAUUCAUUCUAUAUCAUUUGUGUAAUCUGAUAGUGAUUCUGUAGGGUGGUGUUGGCCUUGAGUUAUAGCUCUUCUUUUUUUAAAGCAAGAGUUACUUUUUUUGUUAGAUAUCAUUUAUUAGAAUAUGCAUUAAAUUCAAGAAAAAUAAUAUCCUUAUAUAUAUAUCUAUCUAUCUCUCCCUAUAUAUAUAUAUAUAUAUAUAUAUAUAUAGGCCUAUAUAU